AUGCACUUUGGCGUUCCGAAGCAGAUCAUAACAGAUCAAGGAAGACAGUUCGAGUCAGCACUGUUUAAUGAAUUAGCGAAACUCAUUGGUGCCAAACAUAUCCGAACUAGUCCACGUCAUCCUCAAGCAAAUGGUUUGAUUGAACGUUUUCAUCGGACUCUGAAAACUGCAAUGAAAUGUAAGCAUGAACAUCAAUGGUCUGAUGCAAUACCUUUGAUUGUGUUAGCGCUUCGAAAUAUCUUUAAAGACCACAAAGUAACUCCUGCAGAAAUGGUAUAUGGGACAACUCUGCGGUUGCCGAGCGAUUUUCUGGAGCAAGGUAAUAAUGACAAAAUUCCAAAACACGAGUUCGUAGAACAUAUGAGACAGAUGAUGUCCCAAAUACGACCAGGUCCCACAAAAGAAAAGGUAUUCUUACAGAAGGAAUUGCAACAUGCUACUCACGUUUUUUUGAAGGAUGAUAGUGUCCGCCCACCAUUAAAAACACCGCCAUUUAAGGCUACGAGGCGUUCAGACAAGAUGUAUGAUCUACUAAUCAAAGACAAACCGGUGCGGGUGAGUGUUGAUCGAGUAAAGGCAGCAUUUUUAUCAAGCGACUAUGAAGACAUAAGCCUAUCACAUACAGAAACUAUGGCAGAUAAUCGAAUGGAUACCAAACCCAAUAAUGUAACACGAAGGGGAUGA